UCAAACAAGAGAGGUUUUGCUACAAUGAGUGUAAGACUGGCUGCCUGCCUUUUUCUAUGUGUAGUUGCUGUGCCACAGACCCUGCAGCUUUCUCAAAAGAUCUCCAUUACUGAGGCGACCUUUGGUGAGAAUGUGAUCAUGAAAUGUACAACUGUUGGGUUGGAACAGCGAAUGGUUUACUGGCAUAAACUGCAGUUUGGUUUUAUGAUCCAAACUAUUGCUUUUGGCAGUAGUCCAGACCUUCCUCUUAAGGAAGGGUUCAACAACUCUAGAUACAGUGCCAAAAAAGAAGGAAAUGAGUAUUCCCUCGAAAUAAGAAACGUCAGCAAAGAGGAUCAAGGAACUUACUUCUGUCAGGCAGGAACAUCAUACACAAUGACUUUCAUUUAUGGCAGUCAUUUGGUCCUAAAAGGAUCCAAUCUGGAAUCUGUGUCGCCGGGAAGCAAAGUGAAUCGGCAGUGUUCUCUUCUUUGGCAGCCCGAGAAAAACCCAGAUCGGUGUCUGGGAGAACAGAGAGCUUACCUUUACAGAGCAGGAUUUGAGUCUGAGCCAGACAUCAUUUAUACAACCAGUUCCCGCUGUGAUGAUCAAGAAGACAAGAGCUGUGUCUACCAUGUGUCCAAACCUAUGAAGAACUCUUUAGAUCCUGGCCUCUACUCCUGUGCUGUGUCUUCCUGCAGAGAGAUCCUGUUUGGUGAAGAUACUGAAGAGCAGAUAAGGCAAGGCGUGUGUCCGUAUGUUCUCAUACUCGGGACACUGCUGGCCUGCUGUGUCCUCGCAAAUAUCAUUUUAAUUGUGACCUGGAAAAAGCAAAAUCCAGUUUGUGACAAGUGCAAAGAUGGUAAAGCUCAUACUAAUGCCGAAAAUGAUGGACCAGCUGGGGAUCAACAGGCUGACUUGGGUGAGGAAGAUGACGGAUUGCAUUAUGUCGCACUUGAGUUCUCCUCGAGGAAGUCAAAAAGACAGAGAAGCAUGAGGAGGGAGUCCAAGGAGACCUGUAUUUAUGCAAACAAAAGAGAUUAUUAAAAGUUGUGUACUUGGAAUGUAAAUGUCGGAUUUAUGAGGAUGACAUCGAUCCAUUUUGUAUUUCUGUAUAUCAUCAGCCAAUUGUCUAUUUGAAAGGGGAGUUUGGAUUUUUGCUGAAAGUGAUCCUAUUUUGAAUAUAUUAGUUUGUUUGCCAGUGUCAAUAUUUUUUGGAGGAUUUUAUAACCUAACCUGUUACAUUUACUAUCUUUUUCUUGAUUUUUAAUGACUACAAAAGACA